GAAAUAGGUAAUAGGACAUUGCAAGCAGCCAUUAUUCCCAACCCUGUGAAAGAUACAGUAGACCCCACCGCAUCACCCCUCUCAAAACACACAGAAAUAUCCCAUCAGAGUGCAACACCAGCCGAAAGGCCACUAGACUGUAACCAAAUAAAUAAUAAAACCAUACCACCCAUCACCGCAGAAUCUAAAAUGCCACUAAAUAACCCCAGAAAAAAAGUUAAAACCCCCCGAAAUUCGACUUUGUCCUCUCCUAGCUAUAAUUCCAUUGGUAAAGAUAAGGAAAAUAUGCCCCUAAAUCAUACCAACAAAAACAGUGGCAGCUUAAAUAAGCCCACACUCCCCACGGUUAAUAGUAUUAGCACUCACAACGUGCUAAAUCGCACCGUGGCACACACUAAUAUCCAAUGUCACAACGAUGUCACCCUCAAUAGUACAAGUGGUAAUAGUCAGAACUCGGCUACCAACAACUCAGGGUCUUCAGAGUAUGGCACACAAACAAAUUUCGACCGGAUAUAUGGUACAAGUCUGCUGGGAACUAACCCAAAAUGCAGUACACACGAAACCCACACAAGGACACAACUAGCAUCAAACAAUAGGUGGAAUAAUAAGCCAUGGUCAUCACAAGGAUCCAAUCAUUUUUUAUCCCCCGCGUCCCUGUCAGCGUUGAAAAAACAGCUGGUAGGGAUGUUAACACUCCUAAACCACUAGUGCUGGCUCCCUCCUUGCAUGAAAACAGGAACGGUCUAGUGCACCCGUAUCCAUUGGACACACUUGACACUUGCACAAGUAUAGGCCAAAUAAAGAACCCUACCCACUUCUGUAACCUAACUAAAAAUAAAAGUUCCUUAGUCUAUAGCAAAUCCAGUACUCCAACUCCUAAUUCUCCACCGAAAACAGCACACAACAACUCGAUAGACAUAGGUGAGCAUGAUGCUGGAACUCCUCUUAACAUAGGAUCGUCAUGUCAAGCAGAACUACUGGGUGCUGAACCAUAUUCGGGGCUGACUAACGAACUUAAAUACUUCAAAUGCUACUUCAACUCUCAUCUUUACUAAUCCUCAUAAAUGCUA